AUGGCACACAAAAUUUCAUCAGCAUUUUAUAGUCUAACGGAUAACUCGGCGGUGAACAUAAAAUUUAGUCCUUGUCAAGUGUGUGGUGAUCAAAGUUCGGGCAAGCAUUAUGGUGUUAUCUGUUGUGAUGGUUGUUCGUGUUUCUUUAAGCGCAGUGUACGCAAGGGUAACAUUUACAAUUGCAUAGCAGGCAAGGGGAAUUGUGUGAUAGACAAGGCCCGUAGAAAUUGGUGUCCUUAUUGUCGUUUUCAGCAAUGUCUAAAAUGUGGCAUGAAUGUGCAAGCAGUACAAGAGGAACGUGGUCCUCGACAACAACAUGCAGCCUCACCAGCAUCUUCAACAGCUGCAGCGUCACGAAUUAAUGAAACAAAAUUCGUUUUGAAAUCAUCAUCGUCAUCAACAACAACGAAACGUUUACAUACCGUACACAAUUUAACUUACAACACAACAAAUACAGCAUUUAUGGCAUCAUCAUCAUCAUUGUCAUCGACAUCAACAUCACUGCCAUCUUUACCCUCCUCAGGUCUACCGCAUAGCGGAAGUGCUUUAAAUUUUCAAAUGUUGGCUCAAAUUUUGGUAACGUGUUUGCGUCAGGCCAAAACCAAUGAACAAUUUCGUACAUUGUCUCGUUGUCAACAGGAAACGUUGUUGCAUUCGGUGUGGAGUGAAUGUUUUGUAUUGCGUGCUUCACAUUGGACACUCGAUAUAACGGCUGUGUUUGAGGCUUGCGGGGAUGUGGCUUUGCAACGCAUCAUCGACGAAGCGAAACAAUUAAAGGCUGAUGUUAUGGAAUUGAAUUUUUUGGAGACUUUAAUACUGUGUCGAAGGGAAUAUGCCAUCAACUCCGAAUAUGCUGCGUUACUGGAGUCAUACACAAAUAAUGCACUAUUGGCCCUGGCCCGCUAUACAGCCCAACAAUCACAUUGGUUACGUUUUGGUACGCUACUCUUAGCUUUAAGGCAAUUAUCAUUGAGACGUUAUGAAUGCACUCUAACUGGUCUAUUUCGUAGUAUAGUUAAGGACAUAAUAAAAACACUGUAA